AGGGAACUUCCUGGAACGUUCCUGAGCCGCGCUCGGUCCAAUCAGAGGAGCCGCUCCGCGCCGCCAGCCCCCGCGAGUCGCGCUGCCCGGGUCCGGGACUCUCGCCUUUUGUUUUGGGCCCCGCUUUGCAGGCGCGGCUCUUCCUCGUUGCUCCUUCCCUGCAAGAUGACCGGCAACAGCAGCGCGGGAACCAGCAACGGCCGCAAGGGCCGUGGCGUUUCGUGGCGGCUCCAGGAAACCUUGAAUCUCCUGGAGAUCUGGGGAGAGCAGAAAAUCCAGGACCAGCUCCGCAACAGCCACCAGAACAUAGACUUCUUCGAAUACAUCGCCCAGAAGAUGGCCACGCGGGGCCAUCGCCGGACCGCCUUGGAGUGCCGCUCGAAGACCAAAGUGAUGAGGCUGGAAUACAAGCGUGUGAUUGAUCACAACUCCAAGGCGGGGAGCAGCAAGGUGACUUGCCCUUUCUACGAACAGCUGCACCACAUCCUCCAAGGGAACGCAAGCAUGAAACCCAGCCGGGUCGGGCGAACCCUGAGCUUCCACUUGGUGCCGCAGCCGGAAGCAGCACAGGAACAGCCGCAGCCGGCUGUGGAAGAAACCAUCCCACCGGACGUCCAUGUGGUUAAUGUUGGAGAAUACCUCAAGCAAGAAGACGCUGAUGACACAGGAGUGGUGACUGGGGAUGGUACUGAGGAAGACAUGGCAGAGGCUGGGGAGAACGACAUGGCAGCAAUGAAGGAGGAAGACGGCAAUGAAGGCAGCGGAAGAGACCUGGAUUAUCAGAGACCCCGAGUUAACCAAAGAAGCCCCAUACAUCAGGAUGCCCCCGUCAACACAGGCAUCUCCACCUCCUCCUCCGGAGUUCCAGCGUCACGGCGUCACCCACAGGCACCCACAAAUAAAACACCCCCCAUUCGGAUGAUGAAGCAGAAAAGACUAGCAUAUAAGAUUCCUUUUAAACUGGAGGUAGUAAAAUAUGCCAAGGAGCAUGGAAACAGAGCAGCGGAGAGACAUUUUGCGCCACCUCUAACUGAAAAAAUGAUAAGAGAGUGGAGGAAACAGGAGGAUCAGCUGCAAAAAGCAGAUAAAAAACCCCCCGUGGCCCACCCGCCACCCGCCCCAUCUCCCCUGGCUGACUUUGCCAUUCUGCGGCCCAAGAAGAGGAAAGGGGCCGAGACGCUCUUCCAGGAGUUGCUGCAGCAGUCGAGAGAAGAGCAGGAGGAGCUACUCCUCGAGAUGGGCCGCGACAGAGAGGUGGCGCUCAGUCUCCUGAAGACCCUGAGGCAGGACGCGGCCGGGUGCCGGGAGGAGAGGAGGCAGAUUAUGGAGACGAUGCGCGCCCACCACGAGAUUCUGAAGGGACUCGCCGCCAACCUCAACAGCCUCACCGACGCCUUCGCGAGCCCCCCGCAGGCCAGGACGCCUCGUCCCGGCGUGGCCAACAGUGCCCCGGCCCAGAGGGGCCACACAAGGCCGAAUGACGAGAACUGCAGCCCGCGGAGCCCCCUCCGCCGGUUGCACUCCAAUAUCCUGUCCUCUUCGUUGUUCCCCGCCAACAACACGCACCACAUGGCCUAGCCCUGGAGAGACCAACGAAAUGGCGGCCGCGAACGGCAGCCACGGAAACGUGUGUUCUUACCAAGAGACGUUUUUCAGUUCAGUUUUUGAAAGCGGGUUGUUGUGAAAGAACGGGUAGCUUGAUAUAAACUCGUUGCUGAAAAAGGAAUUCUGGACCACCUGUUUCUCUGCAGGCCCAUCCACCCGACUGCUUAUAGUGCAGAGGUGCCUUUCAAAGGGUGUCAAACCGCCCUGGUCCAUUGGGAAAGGCAGGAGGAAAUCAUCCUUUAGUUGGGAGCCCUUAGUUGUCUAGCUAGCUAGUGCUUCCCGUGUGGCUUACAGGGUUUUCCUCCUCCCCAUAUCCUCCUCACAACAACCCUGUGAGGUAGGUUAGGGCAGGCAUCAGCACCCUCUGGCCCAUGGUCCGGAUAUGGCACAUGGAGGCCGUUUAUCCGGCCCACAGGCCGCCCAUGAAACGAGCCGCCCGCUCGGCAAGUCCCCCGCCCGCUGCGGCAAACCAGCGCAGCCGCGGACAUGCGCAGAAGCGAUUUCUGGUGCUGCACUGCCCAUUUCCAAAAUGUCCGCAGCGCCAGAAACUGGUUCUGCGCCUAUGCAGCCCUUGUCCGGCCCACGGGCUGAAAAGGUUGCCGACGCCUGGGUUUGGGUAAGAGAUAGUGACUGCUUCAAACACAUAUAAAAACAUAAUAGAACAUCAGACAUUAAAAUCUUCCCGAUACAGGGCUGCCUUCAGAUGUCUUCUAAAGGUUGUGUAUGUCUUUAUCUGAAGGGAGGGGGUUCCACAGGGAGGGUGCCACUAUUAUUAUUUUAUUUAUUAUUAUUGAUUGAAUUUAUAUACCCCCCCCCAUACCCGGAGAUCCCAGGGCGGUUCACAGAACAAAAUCAAUAUAUAAAACCAUAAAAUACCUAAUCAAAAUAAAACCAACAACCCAAUAACCCCCAUUUUAAAAGGCCAAUCAACUGACCCAAAGACCUGGUUAAAAAGGAGCGUUUUUGCCUGGUGCCUAUUGGUGUAUAGUGAAGGCGCCAGGUGAACUUCCCUGGGGAGAGCAUUCCACAGAUGGGGAACCACCGCAGAGAAGGCCCUGUUCUCGUGUUGCUACCCUCCAGACCUUUCAAGGAGGAGGCAAAUGAAGAAGGGCCUCAGAAGAUGAUCUCAAGGUCUGGGUAGGUUCAUAUGAGAAGAGGCAGACCCUGAGGUCUUGCGGUGCUUAACUAGUGUUAUGUCUUCCCUCUUGUUUUCUCGAACAGUUUCUGGGGUGGUUUAACAAUCCCUCUCUCCAGAGAACAGGGAAUGGAAUGGCCGUUCUGAGAGUGGAAUAGGGAUCUCCCAGCAACGCUUUUUAACAGAUUACAUGUCCCAGGAUUCUGGGGGGAAGCCAUGCCUGUUUUAAAAUGGCGGGAGACUUCUCUAAAUGAAGAGAGUCUUGUGCAUCUGUGGUUGGUGUUUUGUAUCAUUCGUUCCUUUAGAAAUAAACAGUUAAAGAGCAACUGCCUCAGAAGAGCUAUGGAGUUUCCACCCUGCGGUUUCUGUUUCUCGUACACCAGCCUCCUUUUUCUCCUAAGUUUCAGUUUCCUGGGAUGGCCCUUUGAACCACUUGGUAAAAAAACAGUUGCGGGGGUUAAUGACGAUAAUUUUAUUAUUUGUACUCUGAGUUGCCCCAGCCACUCUGUGUGGCUUCCAGCAUAUAAACAAACAUACAGUCAUACCUCGGUUUAAGUACGCCUGGGUUUGAGUACUUUCAGUUUAAGUACUCCGCGGACCCGUCUGGAACGGAUUAAUCCACUUUCUGUUACUUUCAAUGGGAAAGUUCGCUUCAGGUUAAGUACAGACUUCCAGAACCAAUUGUGUACUUAAACCGAGGUACCAGUGUAAUUAAACAUGGAAAACCUCCCUAUACAGGGCUGCCUUCAGAAAACAACCGCCAUGUUAUCAUGGAAACCAAAUUGAGCUGGUGAGACAAUUUCACUCCUGCACAAAAACAUAUACUCCCAUUUUUCCCAGGUACCUGCUAUGAGCUCUAGCUGGAUCAUCCACCGACACAGCUUUUUCCAUCCUCAACUUUUAUAUUUGCAAGCAGCCUGGAAGCUUAGAAUCAUAGAGUUGGAAGAGACCACAAGGGCCAUCCAGUCCAACCCCCUGCCGAGCAGGAAACACCAUCAAA